AUGAAUACCUCAACCUCCGAAUCUUGCGUUUACUGGUCUAGUCUCCAAGCAACAUGGAUCCGUAAUACUAUCCUUCGCGCUCUAAGAGAUUUUGCCUAUUUGGACAGCCGUCCCGUCACCAACAGCUUCGUUUACGAUCACCCUACGAUCAACCGACUCUCUACGUUUGUCUUCUCCCUUGCUACUGGUGGAAUGAUUCCCGAGCAACUCGAUGAAAGUUCUAAGAAGCCUAUCAUGGCAGGAUAUGUGAAUAGAUCUUCAAGGAACUUGUCCGCUCGACAACACCGAUUGAAUCCCACUCCCAAAGGAAAAACAGGGAAAGUCGUUCUAGUAGUAACCGGGAGCACCGGGAAAUCUCGGGUGUUAUUGCUUCAUAGCAUGGUCAACGAUCCGACCGUUGCAGCAUUGAUUCGACGAGGAGCGGCCGAUAUCUCGCAGCGUCGGCGAAAAGUAUUGGAGGACCGUAGUCUGGAUGCAAAGGCAAUCCUGUCGGGAAAUUUCCUUGGAUGCGAUUUGAGCCAAGAUCAACUCGAGCUCGAACGGUUCGGUGUUCAGUAUGGUGCUACUCUCAUCUGA